AACUGAACUGAACUCGAGUCGACUCGGUAUGCGACAUGCGGCAUAGCAUGCCACUGUUGUGAUUCGCUUCGACACACAUGCAUACACAUUCAUAUAUGUAUAUGUUCACAUGAAAAUUUGUAUGUUGGUAUGUAGCGCAUGGUCGUCGCAGUCGUCGGCGCGGCCAGGAUAUUUAGAAAAGCACCAAGGAUAAUGAUUCAGUUUUGAUUUAAAUUCUGUUAGUUCGUCGUGCGACGUCUUGGCGUGUGGACGCUUCGAUACGUUUUCGUUUCGCUUCGUUCAAAUUUGCUUAUUUUUCGUGGUUAACAUCGUUUAGCGAAACAUUCCAUUUGAACGCAUUGUGCUUAAAGCAAUUUAACACAUCCACGUUAUCGUCGGCACCGUCGCUGACACAGUGCUAGUGUGACUACAGACGUAAUUGCCGUUUGUGUCUGGCCUCAAUGUGGGGUAUGGUGCAGUUGUGCGUGUGGUAGUAUUUAAUUGUAGCCUACAAGUUUGUUUAAAACACACGAGUCAGCGCGCUUUCAAUUUCGUUGUGUUUAACUUGCGACGGUUGUUCGCCUACAAUGCAUACGCACUUGUAGAGUACUCGGAUUGUGACAUUGCUAUUUCCGCACAAACUUAAGACGGCAAAGACAAAGUGACGUCUUUGAUAGCCACUUGCCUUGUUUGCUAAUGGACUAAGUGGAUUCUUAACAGUGUGGUGAUCAUGUGUACCGUGGACGCAUCUGCAACAUUUCGUUUCUUUGUUUAGUUACGGAUACGCGGGGCUUUUCGGCAAACAUGACAAUAUGACAGCAAAACGCGACAAGGAUUAUGCUAAAAGUAAAACCUCAACUGGAACAGGAUUUUCUGCGUCAGCAUCUACAGGAGCAGUAAAAUCAAUAGGUCUAGUCACAUCAUCACAAAAUGUAACAUCAUCUCAGGACAUUACGAAACGAACAAACAAGCCACUUAUGGAAAAGCGACGACGUGCACGUAUCAAUCAAAGUUUGGCCAUACUAAAGGCUCUGAUUUUGGAAUCGACAAAGAAUCAGUCAAAAACCACAGAUGGACAAACCAAACACACAAAAUUGGAAAAAGCUGAUAUACUCGAAUUAACAGUGAGACACUUUCAACGGCAUCGAAAUCUCGAUGACACAACCAUUAAUAAAUACAGAGCCGGAUAUACGGACUGCGCUAGAGAGGUUGCACGUUACUUGGCCACGCCCGAACCUCCACCUUUGGGAAAUAUUCCUUCGCUGUCGGAACCGGGAUCAAAAGCACGGCUUUUACGRCAUUUGGACCAAUGUAUUGCUGAAAUUGACAUUGAGAUAUGCCCUCACUCCACAGCGACAUAUGCCGACAGUCCAUCCAGCAGUUGUUACGAUAUCAACACUGCGCCAAAGAAACCUCAACCGGACGAUAACUCGUUGGACUAUAGCAGCCAAGACUCAAACCCAUUAGAUUUCAGUAAAGCCGCCUCGAAUGUUUUAACAAGCAAAGGAAAUUUUGUUAGUCCUACUGGGACGCCAGUAGCACAUUCUACAAAUUCACCCUGUUCGGAGCGCCUAGGUUCACAAGAUGAGAACAAUAAUCCCGAUGGUCCUCAGGUUAGUGCAGGAUCAAGUAGAAGUGAUGCAAGUAUGCGGCCAAUGAUUUCUGCUGGCGAUAUACCGAAUGUAAUCGAUAUCAAUGCUGUGCAGAACUUUGAAGAACGCAGUAAACUGUGUUCAAAUGUUUUGGACACAUACAAACAUCUUAAAGUAAACGACCCAACAGGGAUCCUUGUACUUCCUCCACACUAUGUUCAAUUAGCAGCAGCCUUGGGUCUAAAUACCCAUCCUGUCAUGGAUGCAAUUACCACUCGCACAGACUUCGAACGGCUGAUCGAAAUGAAUCACGUGCCUCCAUUGUCAGCUCAAAUUGCCGGCAAACUUAGCACAUAUGGAUCUCUACCCGGUGCUUUAGAGGCGGCACAUGCCGCUGCUGCCUAUGCAGCCACUACCAUGGCUGCAAAAGAAAAUGGUAUGCCGGCUGCUAGUACAGCAUCGCCAGUGAUUAGUAACAUCAAUAUGGAACGUCCUGCCUCUGUGCUCUCGAAUGCAACUUCUGUUGCUUCAACGUCUGUAAGCUCUAUGACAUCAACCGAUUCGCAGAAGACUGCCACACAACAGCAACAUCAGCUAGCCCGCUUAGACGCUAGUUCAAUAACGACAGUAGAAGCAGCACAACUGAACAUGGUUAGCAAUCCUCUUUCGGCAAAUAUUGCAGCUGCAGCAGCAGCAGCCGCUCAACACCAGUUGCAUCUACUGCGGCCCAAUGAAGCUCUAGCACGGCAAGAGCAACAGCCGCAGGAUGAAAAUAUGUGGAGGCCAUGGUGAGCAGUGCAAAUAUGAAGGUUACUUCAAAUGCAAAAUUCAAAGCUUCAAGCGCGUGACAUUGUAAAUACCAAAGAUUUCUUAUAUAUACACCUUCAUAUGUUUAAAGUUAGGGAUAUGUGUAAAUUAUAAACAAAUACUUUUUCUGUAAUAAUUUAAAGACGUUUUGAACAGUUCUGAUAUAUUAUUAAUUGCAUAUAUUGUUACAUUCUUGUCACAUAAGUUAAUCAGCGUUGUACAUUACAUGAAAAUCGUAAAGCAGCAUCUUCCCCAGGAACUCGUUUGGAUAAUUUUAUGUUCUUUUUAUAAAUUUUCAAAAUUAUGACAUAAAUUAAAUUAUUAAACAGCUCGAAAGGUUAAAGAUUAGUAUGCAAAAAACACAAUUAGUUCGAGUGAAAAUCACAUCACUAAUUAUUUUCUUGCUGAGAAAUUUUAAUAUGCCCCGUGUCCCUUUGAUUGUUUCCUUGGCUGUAUGCCAGGUAGCGCCGCCUUGUUGGGACAAAUGGUCGUCCACUUGACCUCCAAUUCAGGCAUGAAAAAUCAUAAUCAUGGCGUUCACUCCAGUCUUCUCCGAUACUCUGCUUUACAGCAUCGAUAUUUUUCGGUGCUCAUUUGGCGGAGUCUCCGAGGCUGAACGUUAUCCAGUCUGUUCAUAAUGAAGCAACAGAAAAAUGACAAACUCUGAAAAAGAUAUUGCCUCAUUGAAAACCACACAUCUAAAAGGGAAACACCAGUUACCUAAUAUAAAAAUUUCCGGUUGUCUUUAUACCGUAUGCAUCGAUCUAUUAGUAAGAUAACUUAGCAAAAGUACGUGAAGAUAUAUAGGUAAAAUCAUGUAAAAUAUUCAACAAAUUACACCAGCUGCAAUAUAUUAGUAUAUUGAUUUCUAUUAUUUCAGCAGACUUAAUGCCAACUAUGUAUGUCUGUCAGUAUGCGAGUUAUCUUCAUAAAAUUGCAAGAGAACAUAUUCCAUAUAUACUCCUAUGUGAUAUUUCAAUGAUAUGAAAUGGAUAUGUUUUCUUAAACAGAAUGUGGAUUAGUCCUUCAUCGACAUAGACCGUGGUUGAAGACCCUUAUUCCCAAUAGAUUGACUCCUCUGGACUUCUUAAAAUUAUGUCGAAAGCGAUCAAAUACAAAAAAUUAUGUAGUUCCACUUUUCUUGCAUUUUUUUCGCACAGUAAUCUCUGAGUCACAGGUAAUGUGAACGGAAACUCGUACUGGACCUAAAAGCUUUAUUUAAUCUGAUGCCAUCAUUUCGCUCGAAUCAAGUUAACUGAUUAAUUUCGUCUGCUAGCAAGAUCAGAUAAUCUAUGAUAACUGGCAAUGCAACAGAAUUCUACUUUACAGAGCAAAAAUAAUAUCUAUUUGUGAGUUGAUAGAAAUUUGUAUAAAAAAUGCUUUUAUGUAUACUAUAUUUCGAGUUAUGUAAUUUCUUAGGUCCGAUUUGGUAAAUGGGUAUAAUUUGUGAAUUGUAGCUGCAAUCUUUUGUGACCCACUGUAGACUAUGUUUAGAAUUAAAAAUAAAAAAACAUAAAUAUAUAUAAAUUGUAUGUACAUAUGGGUAUUAAUUAAAUUAUAGAUGUGUUAUAUUAUUGUAUAUGAUUAAUUAUUAUGAAUAGAAAUUUUUUGUUAAAAAUCACCAAAGAAUACGUUAUCUGCAUUUAUAGUUACAUGUAUGUACAUAUGAACAUGUAUUGGCGUAAUUUAUAAUUAUUAUCAAUCUAACUGUAAAUGACUGUUGCUUUAUGUUAAAUAUUUAUUUUCAAAAAACUUGCUAAUCAUAUAUGUAUGAAUAUACUAUAUGUACAUAUGUACAGAAUAAUUCAAAUCACUUGCUGUUUUUUUAUUAAUUUUAAGUUUAGCUAUACAUUAUAUUUGUGUAGUAUUGAUAUCUGAAAGAUAAAGAUACUUAAAAAAUUUACAAAUAUGUUAUCAACAAGCUAGACUAUAUAGAUUCGUAUUUACAUAUAAAAGUACCAGUGCCAAAGAGACUAGUACAUAAAAUAGAUAUAGUCAUACAAAAACAUAAACACAACUUUAUUUCCGGCAUACUAGCAUAAACAUAUGUGUAUAAGAUAUAAAAUUGAAUGUAUGUAAUAUAAAUAAAAUAAUCAUAUUUGUCCAAAAAAUUAUAAA